AUGGCCCACGCAGGCAGAAUACAUCACACUUGGGGGCUGUCCACGGUGCAUACUCCCAACGGCUGCGGCGUAACAAGGCCUCCAAAUCCCUCCAAAGCACCCAAUCAGCACGUCCACGAAGCCCCCAUGAUCCAGGCACUCAGGAUCUACCCAGACGCACGGUCGCCAUGCUCGCUGGGCGGCAUUGUGGUAAUCUUUACGGCUACUCCUACUACGGUGACUACUAUUCCUUCUCUUGCUCCUACUACUACAUUGCUUCGACGGACACGCAUCGCUACUCCACCGACGAGUUACGGAUUCGCAACCAUGGCUGCUUCGGUCCAUACGCCGUAUGUGACGCUGAAUGAUGGCAAUAAGAUGCCUCAGGUUGGGUUUGGCCUCUGGAAGGUCGACAAUGCUACGUGUGCGGACACGGUCUACAAUGCCAUCAAGACUGGAUACAGAUUGUUUGACGGUGCUUGUGACUACGGCAACGAAGUCGAAGCCGGUCAAGGAGUCGCGCGCGCCAUCAAAGAAGGCCUCAUCAAGCGCUCCGACCUCUUCAUCGUCUCCAAGCUCUGGCAGACGUUCCACGAGUACGAGCAAGUGGAGCCGAUAGCGCGCAAGCAGCUCGCAGAUUGGGGCAUCGACUACUUCGACCUGUACCUGAUUCACUUCCCCGUCGCGCUCAAGUACGUCGCGCCCGAGACACGCUACCCACCGGGCUGGUUCUCCGACGGGGCCAGCAAGAUUGAGUACAGCAAGGCGAGUCUGGAGAGCACGUGGAAGGCGUUUGAAGACAUCCAGGCCAAGGGUCUCGCAAAGUCCAUUGGUGUGUCGAAUUACAAUGGCGCGCUCCUCCUCGACCUCUUCACCUAUGCCAAAGUCAAGCCCGCGACCCUGCAAAUCGAACACCACCCCUACUACGUGCAGCCGUACCUGAUCAAGCUCGCAGAGCAACAUGGCAUCAAGGUCACGGCCUACAGCUCCUUUGGGCCCCAGUCGUUCCUCGAAUGCGACAUGAAGAUUGCAGCGGACACGCCGUUGCUGUUUGAUCACCCGGUCAUCAGCAGGAUUGCGGCGGCGCAUGGUAAGACGGCGGCGCAGGUGCUGCUCAGGUGGUCGACGCAGCGUGGCAUCUCGGUUAUUCCCAAGAGCAACUCGCAGCAUCGGUUGCAGCAGAAUCUCGAGGUGACGGGCUUUGAUCUCAAGGAGGGCGAGAUUGAGGAGAUUUCGGGCUUGGACAAGAAUCUCAAGUUUAAUGCGCCUACAAACUAUGGAAUCCCAUGCUACGUCUUCGCCUAG